AUGAUCGACCAACGUAUUUUCGAAGAUCUUCAGACCAAGAUCGAUGAGGAGUCCGCCGUCCGCGAUGACGCUCCACGCAAGCCAUUCUCGCGAGGGCGCAUUCAACGCCCAGUGAUAAUGAAGACGGUUCUUGAUGAUGCCACUGCUAGCAUUGCUGCCCAAAAAGAGGAGGUUGCACGCUUGAAGGCCGUCGCCAACCAGCACCCGUUCUAUAAGUACAAUGGAGUGUGGUCGCGUGAGCUCCAGAACCUGGUUGCCUCGAUUGAGCUGUGCGCUUGGCUCGGUGGACUUCAGGAACAUAAAGGCCCUAACUCGGCUUCAUUCAUGACUAUUGACGACGUCGGAAAAUACCUGGAUGUCCUGGUCAAUCUCAAAGAACAAGAUGCUUUCCAUUUGACCAUCGAGGAGUACCUCCUCGCGCUCAUCUCCAUGGUCGAGGAACUGUCUCGCCUCGCAGUCAACUCAGUCACCCUUGGAGACUAUGAACGCCCUCUCCAGAUUGGCAAUUUUAUCAAGGAUCUCUUCUCCGGAUUCCAGCUUCUCAACUUGAAAAACGACAUCCUGCGGAAGCGAAGCGAUGGAAUCAAAUACAGCGUCAAGAAGGUUGAGGAUGUCGUUUACGAUCUUUCGCUGCGGAAUCUCAUCCCCAAGAGUGGCGCUGCAGUCUAG